AUGAUUUUUUCCUACAACACUAACAUCACCAAAGGUCCUUAUGCCCCUGACUCUACCAUCAUCAUUCAAUCGACAAAUGUGGCAUUCUUGGAUGAAAUUUCAAAGCAGUUCACGAACUCAGGAAUCGAAGAUUUUGUCAACUAUGUCAAGAGUUGUCCUCUUCGAUAUGCAUUCUAUGAUUUCCUAGACCCUUUCUACCCUAAACAAGUAUGGUAUAACUUCCAUCUUCUAGGCCUUACUCGUGAUCCAUACAAGAACACUCUUCGUCAAGAGGGGUUGAUCCACGAGUAUAUGUUUAUUCCAGAACCAGAGCACAAGAUCUUCUAUCUCGACAGUCAAAAUCAGAUGUGCUUUCAACGUACUGAUGACCUUCCUUCUGCUCCCACUGAACAUUUGUUUCAUCUUCGCUUGGAAGGACUAGGUCACUAUGAACUGGAAAGAGGAUAUUGUGAGCUUAUAUCACUGGAGCUUAGUAGAAGACUGGAUGAACUUAAGCUUGAUCAAUUCAGAUGA